AUGGAGGAGUCACCGGCCACAUCGCGCGUUAACCACGUCGUAGUUCGGCUACCACCCUUUUGGCCUGCGAACCCUUCCAUCUGGUUUGUCCAAGCCGAGUGCCAGUUCCAGCUCGCCGGUAUAACAACACGGGCUACUAGAUACCAGCAUGUCGUCUCCUCUCUACCACCUGAGGUCGCCUCCGACGUUGCCGACAUUCUGUGCGCACCGAUGGGCACAACACCUUACGACACCUUAAAAGCAGCCAUCAUCAAACGCACUACGGCCUCUGAACGACGACGUUUUCAACAACUGUUGUCGGGCGGGGAUCUCGGGGACAGACGACCGUCCCAAUUCCUGCGCCACUUGCAGGGCCUCCUCGGCGAUCGGGCAGCCACCUUUGACGAAUCUUUUCUGAAGGAACUUUUCCUCCACCGUCUGUCUUCGGCGAUACAAAUGAUCUUGGCCACCGCUUCGACCCUCUCCCUCAGUGAGUUGGCCCUGCACGCGGACAACAUUAUUGAGGUCGCCCAACCCUCCGUUUGCGCCCUCGCCCCACCGGCAAGUCAUGGGCUCUCUCCGCCGAAUAGGAACGCGUGCUCUACGGUCCCGGGGCAAGCUGAGCCACCCCAAUCUGACCUCGACUUACUAAGGGCCGACAUCCAGAGCCUGAGAAGUCUCGUGGCAUCCGUCAGCCUCCAUAAUCGUUCCUCUGGGCCACGCGCGCAAUUUCACCGCUGA